UGUCAACAUUCAAAAUGGAUUGAAGUACUGCGCAGGUGGCUUCUGUCCACGUAACAUCAUCACACCGACGGACGCAGUGCAAUCAUUGCCAUGCGAAUGCAAAAUGGACCGUAUCAUCGAAGAAUUUAAGCGCGCUCAACAUGACAGCUCUGGCUACGACUUAGCUGCGACGCUUAGCCCUAUACCGCCUCUGGACGAUGGCGGACGGUUAUAUGCAUUCUCCAAAAGUACGAAUAACUAUGCAGUCGCAGGAGAUAUCCGCGAUGCUCUCGGUCGUGGUCGCAAUGCCACGUUCAGUAGCAGAGCAGAAACGGAUGCCUGGGUAGAUGUUUUUGUCGCCUAUUGGAAAGCAGUUGGUGAUAUUUUGAACGCCGAGGAAGCGCAAAACCGGAGAAAGUUUAUUGGAAACGAAUGGACAACAGCCUAUGACGCAUGGAAAGAUGUUGUGAAUGCGCUCAUCAAAGGACAUGCUGCUGGUCAUUUCCCCGCGUGGACCAUACCAUGUCUGUAUACUGGUGGAAGGUACUUACGAGUGUUCGCUAUAAAGGCAGAUAAACAGACGACCGAUACACAAGGAAAGGUGGCAUUUACGGACGGUCUGGGAGACGACGUUGUUAGUUCGGCCAAUAAGAACGAAAAACUGGAAGACACGGCAAGACAAUUGAUGAGGAUAUUCUCCCUGUUUCUUGGAGACAGGUCGCCGAUAGAGGACUCGCGAAAAUGGGGCAUUUAUUACAUCGCCAAUCUUCUGUUCAAGACACACUUCAAGAUCAAUUCAAUCAAUCUUUCGAAAAAUAUAUUGCGAACGCUCCACGCCCAAUCGGAUCUUCCAGCCCUAGAGCGGUUUCCCAAGGCGCACCAGACGACUUUCAAAUACUAUGCUGGGGUGAUAUUCUUCCUAGAUGAGGACUAUAUCAAGGCAGAAAACUACCUCACGGAUGCCCUAGUCCUGUGUCACAAGGAUGCCAAGAAGAACCGCGAGUUAAUUCUCACUUAUCUCAUCCCUUGUCACCUUUUGACAACACACACCCUCCCGACCAGCGCCCUUCUGGGUCCCUAUCCACGCCUCGAAGCUCUAUUUCAGCCCCUUGCGAUGUGCAUCAAGCGUGGCGAUCUUGCUGGCUACGACGCCGCUCUGGCAUCCGGCGAGGCGGAAUUCGUCAAACGGCGUAUAUAUCUUACUCUUGAACGAGGUCGCGAUAUUGCAUUGCGAAACCUGCUGCGGAAGGUGUACCUGAGUGCAGGCUACGAACCACCAAAGGAGGGUGACCCACCAGAUGCCCCCAAAGUGCGCAAGUCGAGGAUCGCACUGGUCGAUUUCCACGCUGCGGUGAGGUUAAGCAUGGGGAAGGACGGCGAGAGCCUUGAUCAGGAGGAAGUGGAAUGUCUGAUGGCGAACAUGAUUUAUAAGAACCUCAUGAAAGGCUAUAUCUCUCACGAUCACGGCAAGGUUGUGUUGCAAAAGGGUGAUAAAGCGUUCCCGGGGACCGGGGUAUAGAGAGACAUACUCUAUGCGAUAGGCAAUAGAAUAGAAGAACAAAAGACAGAACAGAGACACGACUCAUGAAGUACUGUUACGAGCCAAUACAGUCAUAUCUUGUC